UCCGAGGACUCGGCACCGGAAGACACCGCGCGGCCCCGGAAGUGACGCCCCGGCGUGCUGACGCGCGGGCUCGAGCCAAGGCCGAUUCCGCGCCCGCCAUGGCCGACAAAAUGGACAUGUCUCUGGACGACAUCAUUAAGCUGAACCGGAGCCAGCGAGGCGGCCGCGGCGGAGGCCGGGGCCGCGGCAGGGCCGGCUCCCAGGGCGGCCGCGGCGGCGGGGCGCAGGCCGCCGCGCGAGUGAACCGAGGCGGCGGGCCCAUCCGGAACCGGCCGGCCAUCGCUCGAGGCGCGGCGGGCGGCGGCGGCAGGAACCGGCCGGCGCCCUACAGCAGGCCGAAACAACUUCCUGACAAGUGGCAACACGACCUUUUCGACAGCGGUUUCGGGGGCGGCGCAGGCGUCGAGACGGGUGGGAAACUGCUGGUGUCAAAUCUGGAUUUUGGAGUAUCGGACGCUGAUAUUCAGGAGCUCUUCGCUGAGUUCGGAACUCUGAAGAAGGCGGCCGUGCACUACGACCGCUCAGGGCGCAGUUUAGGAACAGCCGACGUGCACUUUGAACGGAAGGCAGAUGCCCUGAAAGCGAUGAAGCAGUACAACGGCGUCCCCCUGGAUGGCCGCCCCAUGAACAUUCAGCUCGUCACGUCACAGAUUGACACACAGCGGAGACCCGCACAGAGCGUAAACAGAGGCGGGAUGACCAGAAACCGCGGUUCCGGAGGCUUCGGGGGCGGUGGCGGCACCCGGAGAGGCGCUCGCGGAGGAAGCCGGGGCAGGGGCAGAGGCACCGGCAGGAGUUCGAAGCAGCAGCUGUCCGCCGAGGAGUUGGACGCCCAGCUGGACGCUUAUAACGCCAGAAUGGACACCAGUUAAACAGACCGGCAGAUCCUCGAGCGGAGCAGGACCCGGACGUCCCCUCCGUGCUCCCUGGCGGGAGGGGGGUGGAGGACCGGGGCUGUGCAGCCAAUGACGGAUUUGUUUCUUUUAUGUUUUAAAAUAGGAUUUAAAAACUCAUGUAAAGGUUUUUUGUUCUUUUGUUCUUUUGUUCUUUUUUUUUUUCUUUUUUUUUUCUUUUUUUUUUUUAAAUUCUGAAACAGACCUGUUUUGUACCGAGUUAUUUUUGGGAUAAAUUUUACCGGUUGCUGUUGUGGAGAAGGUGGCGUUUUCACCUUUGCCAUAAUAAAAUAGAAACGUGUGUAGAACUGGAA